CACGUGGUUCUUGUUUUCGUGCGUGAGUCGGUUCUUUGGAGAGUCGUUCAAUUCAACCGAUUCUGUCCGGAAACGAAACGAAAGUGGCGUGGCGUUGGAGACCUUUCAGGAUCAGCGGGCAAAACGCAAUGUUUACGAAAUCAGUAAACUAGCCAUCAUGGAUGAGCCCAAAAUGGAGGAGCCCAAAAAGGAGGAGCCCAAAAAGGAGGAGCCCCAGUGCUCCCAGAGUGCAGAGACUGAAACAGGCCAGCCUGAGUCAGGAAAAAGGAUUUGUCAUAAGAGGAGGUCUUCUUCACCUAGUCAAGUUUCAAUGAAGAGUUCUGAUUCAAUGAUCCAACCACUUCAUUUCUCUUCGGGGAAAAGAGCUCGAAAGUCUUCACCACCACCAGAACAUCUGUCCAUGAAGAGCAACGACUCAAUGAUUCAACCUUUACUCUUCAGCCAUGGAGAAGAGCAAAAAGAAAUAAGUCAUGUUUCCAUGAAGAGUGAUGAUUCAAUGAUCCAACCACUUCAUUUCUCUUCGGGGAAAAGAGUUAGAAAGUCUUCACCACCACCAGAACAUCUGUCCAUGAAGAGCAACGACUCAAUGAUUCAACCUUUACUCUUCAGCCGUGGAGAAGAGCAAAAAGAAAUAAGAGAGCUUUUGGAUGAGGUGCUGAAGUGCUCAGUUUGUACCAAGUUCCUAAAGGACCCUGUCUCUCCAUCUUGUGGACACACAUACUGCAGAUCAUGCAUCACCAAGCAUCAGGCCCAGUCUGAGCAUGGAGAAAGUGCUUGCCCAAAGUGUGGAAAAAUAUCUGGCACUUGUUCUGUCUUACACACAAACAUCCAUGCAGCGGAGCUGGUAGAGAAAUUCAAGCCAGAGUCGCAUAGUUCGGCUGAAAUUAUGGAGACUGAGGAUGUGGAACUAAGACUCUGUCAAAAGCACGACAAAUCUCUGUUUAUGUUCUGCAAAACUGACCAGGCAGCCAUUUGUAAGGUGUGUGCAGUGGAACACAAAGAACACAAGAUACAAUACAUAAAGAUCUUAACAGUCCCCAAUACUCGGAUCACACUACACAACUUCCUGAGUAAUAUGACAGCCUCAGAGUUUCGGGAGUUUAAAAGAAAUUUGGGUUACGAAUACCCAGAAUGCUUUGAGACAGAGCAAGCUCAUUGUAGCACUCAAGAUGUUACUGAAAAGAUGAUGGAAAGUUUCCCUCAAGAUGACAUUCUGAAAGUCACGUUUCAGUUGGCAUCAGUCAAACCAUUAUCCAAAUGUCAAGAAAAAAUAAAGGAAAAACUACGAAGGAAAUUUCGACAUAUUCAUGAAGGACUUGCAAUACCAAAGACACAAGUUGUGUUGCAUGACAUUUACACAGAGCUCUACAUCACUGAGGGGGGAAGCGAUGCAAUCAGAGAAGAACAUGAAGUGAGACUAAUAGAGAAAGCUGCCAAAAAUGUUAGCAUGCAAGAAACCCCUGUUAACAUAACAGACAUUUUUAAGUCACUGGGUAAUGGUGUCAGAACUGUUUUAACCAAAGGUAUUGCCGGGAUUGGAAAAACCGUGUCGGUUCAGAAGUUCAUGCUAGACUGGGCAGAACAUACUGCCAAUCAAGACAUUGACCUCAUACUUCCUCUGUUUUUCCGUGAUCUCAACCUUGAGAAGGAAGCCUGCAGUCUGAUGGAGCUUUUGCGGAGAUUUUAUCCCGAGCUCAAAGACAUUGAAAGUAUUGAGAAUGGCAUUACUAUUUUGCUGGUUUUGGAUGGUCUGGAUGAAUGUAGAAUUCCCUUAGACUUUCAAAACACCAGAAUAUGCAGUGAUAUAAUGGAGUCAAUUUCCAUGGAUGUCCUUCUGACAAAUCUAAUUAAAGGUAAUCUACUGCCCAACUCUCUCCUGUGGAUCACCUCUCGCCCGGCCGCAACCAAUCAGAUACCCAGUCACUGUGUACAACGGGUGACUGAAGUUAGAGGCUUCAAAGACCCCCAAAAAGAGGAGUACUUUCGCAAGAAAUGUAAGGAUGCUAAUUUGGCCAACUCGGUGAUUAAGCAUGUGAAGUCAUCUCGCAGCAUGCACAUCAUGUGCCACAUCCCGAUCUUCUGCUGGAUUACGGCAACCGUCCUGGACGUACUACUACGAGACACUGAUAUUGGUGAAGUUCCGAAAAAUCAGACUCAGUUAUACAUACAUUAUCUACUCAUACAGACUGGUUUGAAAAACAGGCUGUACCAGAAAUCUAUUAAUGAAGAUCUGCGCAAUUUAACGCAAAGUGACAAAAGAAUGAUUUUGCUCUUGGCCAAAUUAGCAUUCCUGGGAAUGAAGAAAGACACUCUGAUCUUCUACGAAGUUGACCUGAAGGAAUGCGGGAUUCACAUCAACGAAGCGUCCGAGUUCUCGACUCUGUGCACACAGCUGUUUAGAGAGGAGUUUGGAUUGUACAGAAAGCGAGUCUUCUGCUUCUUACACCUCAGUGUCCAGGAGCAUUUGGCCGCCAUUCAUGUUCUUUGGCAAUUUUUGAACAAGGGCAUAAACAUUCUCACUUCUCAUGGCAGUGAUUCCACACUGCAGAAGACGACUCUGACAGACGUACUCAAGAGUGCAGUGGUCAUGGCUUUAGAAAACAAGCUCGGACAUUUCGACCAGUUCGUAAGGUUCCUUCUGGGUCUUACUACAGAGUGUAGCAGGAAGCUUCUACAUGGUCUUUUGCCUGAGAUGGAGAAAGAGUCCUUUCAAAAUGAUGAAAUUGUCCAAUUCAUUAAAGAUAAGAUCAGCGAGGAAGACAGAAGGGAGACAGAGAUGAUUAACCUUUUCCACUGCUUGAAUGAAAUUGGUCACAAUUGGUUGGUGAAGGAUAUCCAGGAGAGUUUGCAUUCUGGGAAACUUUGCAAUGCGAAAUUAAAUCCAGAGCAAUGUUCAGCUCUGGCCUUUGUGUUACUGAUGUCAGAGGAUGUCAUGGAAGUCUUUGACCUAAGGAUAUACAAGGCACAAGCACAAGCAUCCAGUCGUCAGAGAUUACUUCCUAUCAUCAGGACAUCGAAGAAGGCCAUACUCAGUGAUUGCGAACUGUCAGAAAAAGCUUGUGAGACCGUGGCAUCUGCACUCCGUACAGCAAAUUCGCCUGUAAGAGAGCUGGAGCUGAGCCGCAACAACAUAAAAGAUGCAGGACUGAAGGAUCUCUGCAAAGGGCUGAAAAGCCCACACUGUCAACUUAAGAUAUUGAGACUUGCAGACUGCAGUCUUACAGAUGAGUCCUGUGAAAAUCUAGCAUCUGCACUUGAGAGCACCGAGUCCAAGCUUAAAGAGUUAGACCUCUCUUCAAACAAACUGACCGACGCAGGGGUGAAGAAGCUCGAAGACUGGUUCAAAAGUUCAAAAACAUUGCAAACACUGAGGUUAAAUCAAUGCCGUCUUACGAAAAGUUACUGCAAGCACCUAGCUGAAGAGUUGACGUCGUCCUCCACAAAGCAAAUGGAUCUGGAUCUGACAGGAAAUGACCUGCAAGAUUAGAAAGGUUUAUGCAUGAUGAAAGUGGAGGAAUUUUUGAUCUGAACUUGUGUGACAUGUGAUAUACUUCAGUUUAAUUUAUUUGUAUAGAGUUUUAGCAAUGGACAUUGUCUCAAAGCAGCUUUACAGCAAAGUAUAGAAACCCUAGCCCUAACCCUAAUGAGAAGCCUGUGUGACGGUGGCGAGGAAAAACUCCCUAAGAUGAUCUGAGGAAGAAACUUUGAGAGGAACCCGGCUCAGAAAGGAACCUCAUCCUCAUUUGGGUAACACCGGAGAGUAAAUAAUGUAAAUGGUGAUAAUGUCCUUUCUACAACAACAUACUCGUAUACUAUCCACCCAUCCGUUUAUCCAUUCAUAUUCUGUACAGUUAAUCCAACACCAGGUCAUACUGAACCUGUAUCCUAACUCAUCUACUAACUGAAUGCAAAUAUAUUCUUCAGAAUAUAUCUUUCAGAUACAAACAGUAUCUGCAUCAUGUGUAUUGGGAUCCUGUAAUGUGAAGUCGAGAAUGAGAAACUGUGUAAGCUGGAGGAUUUCUACAUAAUCUGUUGCUUUAAAACCUUUUCUUAAAGUACACGGUAGCAACCGAUCAAACAUUUUCAAUCAGAAAUUAUUGUUCAUUAAUUACUGUCUCUCAUCAGGUUAGUCAGGACACUAUUGGGUCUCUGUAUAUAGAGCAUCAUGACAUUUGCCAUACAUCUUAAUAGUCUCAAUGAAAGUUUUGUGAAAACCCAUUUCGUCUUAUUAGCAUUAAUUAAUGAAUAUGAAUAAUAAAGAAUUUGAGCUGAAACAAACUCUAAUGAAGCAUUAGCUAGAAAACGGGCUAGAAAGUAACAUAAAGCUUAAA